UUGCUUUGUCUGCUUGUCCAGUGUUUCUUCCCAAUUCUGUUCAUAUAUUCCACACUAAGUUGGCGAGAACUUCACAGCGUCGUGUGGAAGCACAUACAUAACCAGACACGGAAUGGCGUCUUUAGUGUUUCGUCCACUGGCUCGGCCGGCAUUAAAUCGAUCCUAUAGCACUGUCCAAAGCGCGUCAACAUCAAUUGCUACAGGUGCCCUGGCAGCGCCAUGGACGUCCUCGACAACCCCAGCUGUCGUCAAAGACGCCACUGCCGCUCAAGCGCCUCGAACUAGUUGGACAAGGGAUGAAGUUCAGCAAGUUUAUGAGACUCCGUUGAGUCAAUUGACGCAUGCCGCAGCUAUAGUUCACCGUCGCUUUCAUGACCCUGCCGCUAUCCAAAUGUGCACUCUUAUGAACAUUAAAACGGGUGGCUGUAGUGAAGACUGUUCCUACUGCGCUCAAUCUUCUCGAUAUAGCACUGGUCUCAAGGCUACGAAAUUAUCGCCUGUCGAGGACGUCUUGCGAGCGGCUAGAAUCGCCAAGGAAAAUGGCAGUACUCGGUUUUGUAUGGGCGCUGCAUGGCGCGAUAUGAGAGGCCGAAAGACGAGUCUCAAGAAUAUAAAAGAGAUGGUCACUGGCGUGCGAUCAAUGGGAAUGGAGGUCUGUGUUACGCUGGGAAUGAUCGAUUCCGAACAAGCCAAGGAAUUGAAAGACGCUGGAUUGACAGCGUACAAUCAUAACCUUGAUACGUCGCGGGAGUACUAUCCGUCUAUCAUUACGUCACGCAGCUAUGAUGAGCGACUUCAAACACUUAGCAACGUUCGUGACGCUGGUAUCAAUGUAUGCUCUGGCGGGAUCUUAGGGUUGGGAGAGGCGGACUCGGACCGUAUCGGACUGCUGCACACUGUCGCCACCUUGCCCUCACACCCUGAGUCGUUUCCCGUCAAUGCUCUCGUGCCCAUCAAGGGGACCCCUCUGGGAGACCGUAAAAUGAUUUCAUUUGAUAAGUUACUUCGAACCAUUGCUACCGCACGUAUUGUCCUCCCUGCCACCAUCGUGCGACUUGCGGCUGGUCGUAUCAACCUGUCGGAGGAGCAGCAAGUGAGCUGCUUCAUGGCCGGUGCCAAUGCAGUGUUCACAGGGGAGAAGAUGCUUACGACAGACUGCAAUGGCUGGGAUCAAGACCACGAAAUGUUUCAGAGAUGGGGGUUUUAUCCAAUGAAGAGCUUUGAAGAUAAGGGAGGGAAGAACGAAAAGUCGGCCAUGAUUCCAGAAAGCGACAGUGAACUGGUCGCAGCGAGGCUAUAGACAUGUCGCGAGUCUACCGUAGUCGUACGAGUUCUAAAUAACGGGUGAAAUAGAAUUGAACUCUCCAACUAUAUGGACUUCUAAGGGCUUGGCCGUUGCAGACCUUAGUGCUCGUUAUUUUAACCAGAAAUGUUACAAUUUAGAUGAUGAUCCAAUACAGUUCCACCUGGGCAGUUGGACAUUGUGAAUGAAUCGAAACCUCAAUUUUCUUUUUUUAAUACUUACAAUCUAGAUAUCGGCUGAUGUUGCUCGACAGCCCAUUGUUUGAUUGUAUUCAACAACCUGUCCAUCUCCUGUCGUGUGUUACCAGCAUGCAAACAGACACGUACUCGCUCCCUUCCAAGGGGUACCGUUGGUGCCAUGAUCGGUCGAACAAGAAGUCCACGCUCUUGACAAUGCCGAGCAAGCUCUCGUGGGACUUUUGUUCGAACCGAGAAAAU